AAAGUCAGUGUUUUUCACUCAGCACACUGGGGGUGUGCCACAUUGUCAGAGACCCCGGCAAUCUCUCCCGCUCUUGCAUCAUUUGCUCCUGGUAUAAAGCAGCCUUCCAGCCCUUGUGCGCAUGUUCCACUGGCCCCUUUUUGUGUGUCGUCGCUCCUUCUCCAUUGGCUCUCGCCUCCGCUCCGCUCUCGGUCUUUAAGCUCCAGCGGUCCAGGACCAGCCUUCACACGGUGCGUACGUACGCAGAGCGUGUACGUGUGUGUGAAAGAGCGCAUCCAACCCACGCUGCCCGCAACCGGCUUCCCACGUUUCUCUGAAGAGGAAAGACAAGAAGAAGAAAAAAAAAGAUGGAGAAAAAGAGUGAGAUCAACGGGCACGCCAUGCCCAACUCGGCCUCCACCGACCGGAUCUUGGAGAAGAGCGCGGAGAAGAGCUGCAGGCUGAAGCUGGUGGAGUUUUUAAGAAGGAACCUGCUGGUGAUCAUGACCGUGUCCGGGGUGCUGGUGGGCGUCGGGCUCGGGAUGACGGUCCGCAACAUGAACCUGACCAAAGCGCAGAUGACCUACUUCGCCUUCCCCGGAGAGAUGCUCCUGCGGAUGCUGAAGAUGAUCAUCCUGCCCCUGGUCGUCUGCAGCCUCGUGUCCGGAGCCGCCAGCCUGGACACCCGCUCCCUGGGGAAGCUGGGGGGCAUCGCCGUCUCCUACUUUCUGGUGACCACGCUGAUCGCCUCGGGGAUCGGGGUCGCCCUGGCCUUCAUCAUCAAACCCGGGGUGGGGGCCGGAGCCUUGAACAGCAACAGCCUGGGACUGGAGAGCGUCAGCAGCAACAAGGAAACCGCGGACUCCUUCCUAGACCUGGCCAGGAAUUUAUUUCCAGCAAAUCUGGUGGCCGCUGCUUUCCGCUCUUACGCCACCGACUAUAAGAUGGUUGCAAUGGGGAACGACACCAAUGGAACGGCUCUCUAUCAAAAGGUCCCUAUCGGUACCGAAACAGACGGCAUGAACAUACUGGGCCUGGUGUUAUUUGCCAUGGUGUUUGGCGUAGCGCUGCGGAAACUGGGAGAAGAGGGAGAGGAACUGAUUCGUUUCUUCAACGCUUUCAACGAGGCCACCAUGGUGCUGGUGUCCUGGAUCAUGUGGUACAUCCCCUUUGGCAUCAUGUUCCUCGUGGGAAGCAAGAUCGUGGAGAUGGAAGACGUGGUUCUUCUGGUCACCAGCCUCGGAAAAUACAUCUUUGCUUCCAUCCUGGGCCACAUCAUCCACGGAGGCAUCGUCCUGCCCCUCAUCUACUUCGGUUUCACCCGCAAGAACCCCUUCAGUUUCCUGUCAGGCCUCAUCACGCCCUUCACCACAGCCUUUGCCACCUGCUCCAGUUCGGCGACUCUUCCCUCCAUGAUAAAGUGUGUGGAGGAGAACAAUGGCGUGGACAAGCGCAUCAGCCGGUUCAUCCUGCCCAUCGGGGCCACGGUUAACAUGGACGGCGCCGCCAUUUUCCAGUGCAUCGCCGCCGUCUUCAUCGCUCAGCUCAACAACCACGAGCUGAACGCCGGACAGAUCUUCACCAUCCUGGUGACGGCUACGGCCUCCAGUGUGGGCGCAGCAGGAAUCCCAGCCGGCGGCAUCAUCACCAUCGCCAUCAUCCUGGAAGCCAUCGGCCUGCCGACCAACGACCUCUCCCUCAUGCUGGCCGUUGACUGGAUUGUGGAUCGAACCACCACGGUGGUGAACGUGGAGGGCGACGCUCUUGGCGCUGGAAUCCUCCACCACAUCAACCAGAAGGAGAUGAAGAAGCAGCAGCAGCACGAGGAGGAGCUGGCGGAGGUCCGGGUGGAGGUGGCGGCCAACGUUCAGGCGGAGGAGGAGACCUCGCCUCUGGUCACGCACCAAACCAAAGCGAUAGAAGCCAUGCCGGAGGCCAUCGAGUCCGUCCUGUGAACUCGACGAGGCCCUUUAAACUUCGACACCUCUGACAUUGCUGCUGACGGGGCAUCGUUCUGAUUCUGAUAAUGCCAUCGGUUCAUGCUGUCUACAUGGUUGGACAGUCCACAGUGCACAUAGUGCUGCUGUUGAUUUAGAAAUUUGGACACUUGGGUGAACACCUCAAUGACGGUGUUUCCAUAAAAGUACAUUAGGAUGUAACGAAAUCAGAAUUAUAAAUAUUACCUCUUUCAGACACCUCAGUCGGAGUUUACAUUUAAACAUUGAAGCAAGUGUCAAAUAAGCUUAAACAUUCCCAUAAAAGUUUUGUUAGUCACACGUUACACGAGAUGUCAGAACAUCAGGAUUGUUUCUUCAGGCAGCAAAUACAACGAUCAAACAUUAACUAUAGAGGACUAACAACUUGCCACUUCUUUCAACUACAAAUCCUGUAUUUCAGUAUCAAAUUGGCCUGAAGGUUUAGUUUCAAAAAGCUAACUUGCCAUAACCCAGAGAGAUGUUUACAGGGUGUGUUGUGGACUCUGCAGGCAUUGUCAAACAUUGACUCAUCGAUGUCAAACGUUCAAAUGACAGGUCAAGCGUUUGGCCCAUUUUCUGGACGAGCCUUGUGCAACUUCUCAGUGACAUGCUGGCCCUAAUUGGCAAACAGUUUUGAACAUUGGACCGUUUGGGUUGCCGUAAUGAGCUGGUGGGAAAGCCCUCUGAUCUCCAGAUGAAUCCUUCAUUUACCCCUGAGUAAACAGAACACUAGGUUAGUUAGAUAAACAUGGUAUACCAUGGAAAAACCCAGCUGCCCCCAAGAUUAAAGGUAGCUGCCUUUCCCUAGCCGAUGUCAGCAUUUUCCAGCCAUAUUUCCGUAACUCUGUAACCUUUAGCAAAUAUAUUUGGUCCAAAACCAUUGAUUUAUUAUUCAAAAUAGCUAAAGUUAAUGGUGGUUUAAGUUAAAUUUAACACUUGCUUAACUUACGAGGUCUUACAUACAACAAGAGGGAGCUGUUCACAUGGAGUUUAUCCACGCGCAUUGUAAACACAGCCCCGUUUGAAGGCAGCAAACAGAACGCUCACACAAAAGUAAUAGUUAGCUCCUUUUAUUUUUUUUUUUUUAGCUGUUUGCUUUGCUGUUCUCUAUAUGUUGACAAGACGUCAUGAUAAAGCUUGAUUUAUACUCCUGUCACAGGUCUAUGCAGUAGGUGAUGUAUGUCAGAACUGACAUGACAUGAUAGUAUGGGCUUCAUCUGGACUCCUCACCACACUCACAGUGUGUAUUUUAAGGGGCGGGGCUUAGCUGGAGGCAAAACAUCUCAAACACUAUAGUCUGUAAAUGCCGUCUAGCAUAUUUCAACAGAUGUUUUGGCAAGAAUGGACGAGGAAAACACAUAUUUUAGUUUUAUUC